CACGGGGGCUUUGGCUACCUUGCAAAGGGGGAUGGGGAAGCAGGAUGGUGAGCUCCUAGCAGGUUAAAAAAGUAAUUAAAUUCAGACUCGGAACUGGAGAAGAUGCGAGCUCCUGUUUGGCAGAGAACGCCAUCUGCAAAAUCGACACGGCGUUUCUUCUCGCAGGGGACUUUCCGCUGAGCAGGGGAAAUCAGUCUCGCGGGUUGUAAGAAAACCAAAAGGCUGCUGCCAAACUUCCGGAAGCGCGAGCGCAGCGCACAGCCGUUGGACCGCCGGGAGCACAGCCAUGGACCCAGUGCCCCCGGCCUUCCCUGAGUUGGCCUCCAAAGCCAGCUCGUCCGAGUCGCCAGACUCACUCUGCCCCACAGGUGUAUUCCAGGUUGCAGAAAAGAUGGAAAAAAGGACAUGUGCACUUUGCCCCAAAGACCUCGAGUGUAGUGUCCUGUACUUCGCACGAUCAGAGAACAUAGCUGCUCAUGAAAAUUGUUUGUUAUAUUCUUCAGCACUUGUGGAAUGUGAGGAUCUGAUCAUGUAAUAUGAUAGAAGUUUUGAUGUGGAAGCAGUAAAGAAAGAAAUCUGUAGAGGAAGGAGGUUGAAAUGCACAUUUUGUGGUAAAAGAGGAGCUACCGUGGGAUGUGAUGAAAAAGCCUGUGCCAAGAAUUACCACUUUUUCUGUGCCAAGAAUGACCACGCAGUUCUACACACUGGAUCUGAAGGAAUUUAUAAAGUGUUUUGCCAACAACAUGCUCCGAGAGAAACUCAAUCUGGCCUACUCUCAGUAAAACCAUUGUCUGAUGUUUUCCAUCCUCACUACAAUCAGAAGAUGACACCAAGACAAGCUCAUUUUUCAAGAGUAAAAAGAAAAAGAGGAAAGAAGAAAGGUCUCUCAACAAGCAUUCCUGUACAGCUACUUGAACCAAUGACAUUAAAUAAGUCCACAAAACAAAUGAAAGAAGAGGAUGGAAGAAACACAGAUGCAAUUGUGAAAGCUGCUUUCCUUAAGAAAUGUAAGGAUGCAGGACUUCUUAAUGAUUUAUUUGAAGAAAUAUUAGACAGACUUCAUUCAAUUCAAGAAAGACUUAUGGAUGAGACUACUUCAGAAUCAGAUUAUGAAGAAAUUGGGACUUCACUUUUUGACUGUAGAUUGUUUGAAGACACAUUUGUAAAUUUUCAAGCAGCAUUAGAGAAAAAAAUUCAUCAAUUUGAAGAAAAACGGCAGCAGAUGGAGGAAGAGAUUAAGCUACUUCAGGACUUAAAACAAACCUUGUGCUCUGUUCAAGAAAAUAGAGACCUUAGGUCAAGUUCUACUUCAGUAUCUUCUCUAUCUUCUUAAGAAUUACUAUUUCCUAGGCCAGGAAUUCAGCACAGUUACAAGCAGGUUGAAAAUUGGAGACCAGGCUGUGAAAGUAGCACAUCUCUAGGACAAGGCCUCUCAUGUCUCUCUGGUCUGCAAAUCUCAAUCCUCACUAGCUCUUAUCUCUUCGUGCCUAAGUGGGUGUUUACUGCCUCCCACUUACUAUCCCACUUCUCCUACCUCUCCUCUCUGACAAAAUGUUUCUCAGAUUCUACAGUAAAUUGGAUGCCAUCUCUCCCACCCUCUCUUGAUACAGUACCUCCUACAA